AUGUUCAAGGAUAGAAGAUCAAAAGACUAUGAGAAUGGAGUUGAACAAUUUCUUAAUUUUGCUAUGAUUCGUGCAAGUGAUCUUCAAUCCAUACGUUGUCCUUGCAGAGUCUGUGGAAACUUGAGAAGCCAACCUAUUCGAGAGAUUAGAAAUCAUCUCUUUUUCAAUGGUGUUGACCAAAGUUAUACCACAUGGAUAUGGCAUGGAGAAGCAGUCACUAGUGGGACAUCACCAUGUUUAAAUGAACAAGAUUUUUCCCAACAACAAUUUGACCCGUCUCCCACAGACAAUGUAGCUGAAACAAUAGAAAUGGUUCAAGAUGCAUACGAUCAUUGCACGGCUGAUCCUGAAGUGUUCAAGAAAUUACUUGAAGAUGCCGAAAAACCAUUGUAUCCAGGUUGCACAAAGUUUACCAAGUUAUCUGCAUUGGUUAAACUGUAUAACUUCAAAACUACGAAUAGCCUAUCUCACACUGGGUUUUCAGACCUACUGACGUUGUUGGGUGAUAUGCUGCCAUUGAACAAUGAAAUACCAUCAUCCAUGUAUGAGGCUGGGAAGACGUUUGCUGCAUUGGGAAUGGGAUAUGAGAAAAUACAUGCAUGUCCAUGUGAUUGCAUACUCUAUAGAAAGGAGUACAAAGAUGCAACUUCAUGCCCUACAUGUGGUACAUCCAAAUGGAAGUUGAAGAAGAAUUCCACUGAAAUAAGAAAGGAUGUGCCUGCAAAAGUUUUAUGGUAUUUUCCACCUAUCCCAAGGUUUCGAAGGAUGUUUCAAUCAGCAAAAAUAGCGAAGGAUUUGACAUGGCAUGCUCACGAAAGAGAUUAUGAUGGCACAAUGUGUCAUCCAACGGAUACUCCAUCAUGGAAGUUAGUAGACCACAAGUGGCCAGAUUUCGCUGUAGAGCCAAGAAACAUUCGAUUAGCUAUUUCUGCAGAUGGAAUAAAUCCACACAGUUCCCUUAGCAGUAGGUAUAGUUGUUGGCCAGUUAUAAUGAUUACCUACAAUCUUCCACCGUGGUUAUGUAUGAAGAGGAAAUUUAUGAUGUUAUCAUUGUUAAUAUCAGGUCCACAACAACCUGGUAAUGACAUUGAUGUUUACUUGGCACCACUGAUUGAUGAUUUGAAAAUGUUGUGGGAGGUAGGUGUUGAAGCUUAUGAUGCUUAUAAAGAAGAACACUUCAGGCUGAAGGCUGUAUUGUUGUGGACAAUUAACGACUUUCCAGCAUUAGGUAAUUUGAGCGGUUGUACUGUAAAGGGAAAUUAUGCUUGUCCAAUUUUCAGUGAAGGAACAUGUUCUCACAGAUUAAAAUAUGGUAAGAAGAACACGUAUGUUGGCCAUAGAAAAUUUCUUCCACGCUAUCAUCCAUAUCGAAGGCAAAAAAGGCUUUUAAUGGUGAGCAAGAGUUUGGAUUAG